UACAAAUGUGGGUAGUUACAUUCCUAUACUUGAAAUGGAUUUGUGUUAUUAGAAGUAAAUGUUGCGCUGGUCGCGACAAAUGUGUUGAAAAUAAUAGUAAAUAUUAGUGUUUAUGCAGUUGAAAACGAUAUGGAAUCUGAUAAAGAGAAUUUGAAUAAGUGGAUCGACAAAACACGGAUACCUUUACCAUUACAACCAUUGCCGGCUUUACCGAAGCAUUUAUUGAAAAGUGACCAGCAAAGAGUUCCAUUAAGAAGUCUUAAUAGCGUCGAUCUUGUAGCUGGAUCGAGUCGAACGUACGGAAAAUUUGUAUCUCAUAAACAAAAUGUUCAAAAUCAAAAUACAGGGGGUGAUAAGUUUGUAACUUUAAGACAAAAGAAUGAUGACCUCGAUUGGGACCUUAAACUUAUAAAUGACAAGAAUAAAGACGAAGAAGAUAGUGUGAUAACAAUUAGUGAUGAUAGUUUUAGUGAAAAAGAAAAUUUAGGAACCGUUGAACCGAAAAAGGUUAACACACCUUACAAAUCGCCAAUAUUAGAACCGAAUAAAUUUAAAAAUGUAAAGAGAAGUUUAAAAAGACCGCACAGUCGUGAGUUGCAAGGACUUUCACCGUUAGGAGCGGCUGAAAAAAAAGGGGAUGAGAAACAUAAGCGACGUUUGAAAUUCGAUGAAAAUUUCCGCGAUCUACAACCUCCGGAUUAUUGUGAGGAGUUGUAUAAGAAGUGUCUGCACAGCGACUACGCGAAAGAUAUGUUUGAAUAUUUGUUAAGCGUUGAGACACCAGGCCAAGUGUCAGUUCUGCCAACAAUCAGUCGUGCUUGCGUUCUUAAUUGGCUGAUGAAAGUUAAUGGUCCUCGAGGAAAUCCGGCGGUAGUUCAGACCGCUUGUUGGUACUUGGACUCCGUGCUCUGCGGUCGCGUAGUCCAAGUAGACCAGUUGCAGCUGGUAGCCGCUGCAUGCUUCUGGAUAGCGCAGAAGAUCCACGGUCCUGUCUCGUUAGCCUCCAAACUCGUAAAGUACUCGAACAGAGCCUUCAGUUGCAACCAACUCAGGAAGACUGAAAUGGGAAUCUUAAAUAGACUGAAAUUCCCUAAACAACCGAUAGUACCUCAAGAUUUUAUCACCUACUUAUCAUGGGUUUCAAAUAAAUCUUGCUUCGGAGAGAUCGAAAUAGCCGCAACGUUUCUCUGCAUGUCCGCUCUGAUGAUUGACAAGUCCUUCAGCUCUGAAUUGCCGUCAGUCAUCGCAGGAGUCUGUGUACGAAAUGCUCUUAUAGCGCUCGGAGAUCGAGAAUCUAUCCAGCGUCUUCAUAAUUGUCCAAUAUUUCAAGCAAUACAGAAAAAAACGGAGAACGUGUGUGCAAUAUGUUCGCGGUUACGUCGAGCUGUCGGUGUUGUCGCACAAAACAAUUUCGAAUACAAAGCGCCAAUCGAGCUUUUCGGUGCAGGUCCACAUUUUAUAGCGCAAAAAGUGAUAAAAUUUGUAAAAGAUACAUUCGCCGUCAACUGUACAUAGACCUUUUUGAGGAAAAUGAUCACAACAUAAUGGAAUAGUGACGUGAUCUUAAGACUGGUUGGUUAACUUUAUGAAUAAAAAACAAGAUGGCAGAAUGCCUCGACUGACCGACUGUACUAUUUAUAUGAAUAUUUUAAUUGUAUUUUACACUUGGAUUUUUCUUAAUGCCUAAAAGUAUAAAGAGUUUUGAUGUUUCAUGCUAUUAUAGAUUAAA